AUGUGCCCGUUCUGCACUUUCACCCUGGUUGUUCCCUCAUACCAACGAAAACGACCGGUUAUCCGUGUAUCGGAGUUCGUCACUCACAUGAUAAGCCAUGAAUCAGAAUCUCGUCUCGGUUGUGAUCAUUGUGCAUUGUCUUUUACAAAUAUUGCUGAUAAGCAGAAGCAUAGGAGGGACCAUUCAGCGGUCAAUCCCAAGUGGACGAUGACGUACAGGAAUCCGGAAACUCGAUCUCGACAGCGAAGUCGACUGGUAUGUCAGGAGCAGAAGCCCCAAUACCAGUGUAAACAGUGCGUAAACAGCCCAGAUGGUGGUGCCUCCAAAAAGUGUAUUGCAUGUGUCACGCUUGCGUUCAACGAAAGCCUAUAUGGGAAACGACGUAUCGCAACGGAUUCUUCUGUUCGUCGAGGUAUCGACGCACUUCAAUGCAGUCUGCGGGGGUUGCGAUUUCGGUGCAAGUGUGGAAUGAGUACGAGAAAUGGCAAUCGAAUGGCUCAGCACUUUUAUUAUUGCAAUAAUGAUUUCGAGGUCAUAGAAACGGACGAUGAGUUCGCUGAGCCUACAGAUGCCGACCAAGAAGAGGACAAACUGGAAGCACAGCUAUUCUCAGUCCUCCAUAAAAAGGAGCCGGCGAUGCCGAACGUGAAAAUCGUAGAGCGGAAACGUAGGUUGAUCGAGCCACCACUGCUUAUUUUCGAACAACAAGUGAGCAACUUGAGCAAACCUGAGGAUAUGAAUAACGCUGUGCUCUUCUACAAGAAGUGUGCAGAAAACGGUCCUCAUGAGAGUAUUGAAAGUUUCAAGGAUCUACGAGCAUCGUAUGAUUUUUGCUGA